AUGGACGCCUCAGCCCCCAAGGCUAUCCUCACCUCGGACAAUUUUCAUCAUGGACAAGAGAUUUCGCGGGCCACGUCGCCAGGUGGUGAGCCCGCGGAAAUCAACGGCGAGGGCGAGCCCAAGGCCCGCGUGCGACCGCGUACCUACCCAUACUUCCAAUACCUCCCAUAUCAGCUCGAAGACGAGUCAACACGCCAACGGAAUCUCCGAGAGAUCCUGAAGCAGCUCUAUAUUGCCGUCGAGGCUGGGGACUUCAGCCCCGGGGCCGUACACUGGACACGCGAGCUGCGAGGAUGGCUCUCUCUCAAGUUCGAUCCCACUCGCAAGGAGCGUAUCCACCUUGUGAAGCUCUAUUACGAGCUGUCUCUCGCCCCUGGAAUUGACCCCAGUGUUGCCGAGCGAUUCGCGAGCAUGUUCAUGCUGCUCACAAAGCGCAAGCACUACCUGAAACCCAUCAAGGACCUGGUGUUGGAUUGGCGACCUCUCUACAAAGAGUUGAAGGCUUUUGUUCUUCCAACCGAGUCCGGCCUGGUACAUUCGACCAACCUAAAACGGAAUAUCAAGACCCUGACGAAGCUCUGCGCGUUUGCUCAAUUGUUCAUUGACCCGUGCGAGCUUCCUGAUAUGUUGGAGGAAUUCCUUCCGCACUAUACAACGUCCUUUUCCGAGGGUGCUUUUGUUGUCGUGGGCUUGAUUAACUUGAUGCUUCCAACUACGCCGCCGCCGCCGGAGCGAGAAGACCUACUACCGCAUCAUUACCUGCCAACACACUUUCACUUGUGGUCUUUGGUCGGCCGUUCCAAGACCUUCGAUACGACAUACCUCGACUACUUCUCUCGGCUCGCUCGGGAUUCUCUGACGGCAGGGCACAUCCCGUUCUCCGAACAUGGCGUUUUCUCGAAGGAGCAGUCGUCUCUCAUCUUCACUGCCAUUCUGCGGCUUCUGGAGAUCCCUGUGGGGCAGUCCACUUCGCCGUAUAGCGCCCUGGUGGAUAUUUCUUCGGGUCUGGGAGUCAUGCUGGACCGUGAUUCACGGAAACACCCCGUUGCUCACCACAUUGCACGGUGGAUCGUGAUGUCGCUGUCUCCGGCCUGUGUGGAAUCGAGCGACUCCAUUCUGGUACAUCUCGAGGGAUUGAUCCAGGCUGUUGAGACAUUCUUCCACCCAUCAAAUUCAGGAAGCUGGACGAAGACUCUGUCGCAAUUGGCGUAUUAUCUGACCGACUUCUUCGUCAUGCGUUGGAACCGUGAGCAGAGCGGAGAGAUGGAAGUCCCGCCCGAGCGACGAUUGAACGAGCCCUUGAAGCGUCGUUUCGUGCUUUGUCUGCGGGAUGUCAUCUUUAUGGGUAUCUACUCCAAGAGUAGCACUGCCAUGACCUUCUCUCUGUCAACCUUGCAAGGUCUGGCUUAUCUGGAGCCCCAUCUUAUCCUACCCGGAGCACUGCAGAGAAUUUAUCCUGCUCUGCAGGGUCUGGUGGAAGUCCACCGCACGGCCUCAUCUCUUCGAGCCAUGCAAGUACUUUCCCGUGUCAUUACCCGAACGAAAGGCUAUCGGUGCCACAUGACCACUCUCCUCGGUCUUGCACUACCAGGAAUCGAUGCCAAUGACCUGGACAAAUCCUUGCACGCUUUGUCAUUUAUCCAGUCCGCUUGUUACAACAUCCCCAUGGUGGAUAUGACGAAAGGAAGGGAUGACAUCAACUGUAACAUGCUAGCUCUGCAAUGGAUCUCGGGAGAAAUGGAGAGAAUGGAAGAGCAGGGAGCGGGCAUUGAGCUAAAUUAUGACACGGAGCUGGAUGACGAAACAGAAGAGAUGAUCCUGCGCUCCUCGACCUGUAGCUUCGGAGACUUCACCAUCUCUUUUCUCGGUCGUGUCUUCACCCUUUUGGAGAACCUGCCUGAUGUCACCAGAGUACGCAACGGGUCCCCCGAGGAGAAUAUCGUGAACACUCUGCCCGCGACCUUCAUGCCCCUGCUUUCUUCUCUCUCGCCAGAGUACUACGACAUUGCCCUGUCAAAAAUUGUCGACUUUGUUUCCAAUCACGUCAUCCAUCAAGCUCGCGAUGCCAUGGCCUUCAUCUGCAAUGCAUUGUGCAAGGUCAACCCCGAAAAGGCCCUCAAGCGGUUUAUUCCAGUCCUGACCCAAGCGAUCCGCACCGAAAUUGAAGACAAUGGAGCCGGGUCGACCAGAACGACGGGAACGGAUGUAUUGCCCCGAGAUCGCGGUUUGGUCUGGAACGUCAGCAUGCUCAGCAUGUGUGUUGUGCACGUUGGCGACGCUGUGCUUGCCCAUCGACAGGAGCUGUUCGAUAUUGCCGUCUAUAUGCAGCAGAAGUGCCGUGGCAUCCCGACUGUUCACAUCUCCAACUUUAUUCACCAUCUCCUUCUCAACCUUACGGGGACGUACACGAACGACUACUCUCUCUACGAGCCCGAGGUCAUCGCGAAUGGUAUUGGACCUGAGCACUGGAGCUACCGGCCAGACGUGUGUAACUUGAAUAUCAAGUGGCAUGUACCGAAGCGUGAGGAAUUGGAGUUUGCAGUCGAUGUUUUCAAGAGCCAGGCGGAGACAGCUUUGUCGCAGCUAUCGGCUUUGACCAAUGAAACCUCCAGUGUCAAACGCGAUGGAAGCGGCAAGGACUGGUCGGAUGAAGUCACCAGAAAUCUCGUCCUUCUGCGGCUUCUGCUUUCUGGCGUCUCGGUCCUUUUCGAUCCUAAAGCGGCUUCAACAACAACCAAGGAGAUAUCCAACGGUGCCUCGGCCGUAUCCAGUGAUUUUGAGAUGGUGGAUGAUCCAGAGCUAUCUAAUGGUGUUGGCGAUGACGAUCCGGAUGGCACUCUUGAUACCUCGGAUGAGUCGACGAUCAGAGAGACAUUCACCUAUCCAACUGGCUAUUCCCUGCAGGCAGGAGAUUCGCUGUACACCACCAUCCACGAAAUCCGGGAACGGGCCGGCUCGAUUCUGCAUGACGUCCACCGCUUUUUGGCAGACAAGCAAGAAGAUGACGUGACCUGCUUUGGGGCUUUGUACUCUGCCUUCCGGUCUUGGUUCGUCGAUGUGGGUAUCGAAAGGUCUGCCCAUGUCUUGGACAGAGUCACGCGUCUUUUGGCGGCCGAUAUUCACCCCUACAAGAUGAGUGGCAUUCGUAAGGAUUACCCUCGAGCAUUAUUGGUGCGUCGAGCCAAUGUGUACCACCUGCAACGUCUUCGGCACAAUGCCGCGCCGCGACCUCGGUCCAAGCUCGACGAGAUCCUUCUUCUUGAUCUUGCCGAGUCCUGCGUCUCCCUCUACACCGAGACCCGCCGGAACGCUCAAAACGCCGGCGAGUCUGCGCUCAAGGCGAUUUGGGGCUCGCGACUUCUCAUCAUCCCGCCUCUUAUGCGAGCGUUGCAGAAAGGUGUCAAAGAGAACGAUCAUGCCCGAAUCAAGGGCGCACUUUUCUCUCUUCUUUUGAGCAGCGUCGCAAAGACUGUUGGGCGGCAUUGGAAGUUUACUCCGACGCUUAUCAAGACUUUCAUCGAUGCCAGCGCCGUUGAUAAGCCUUCAGUUCAAAAGAUUUGUUCGGGUGCCGUCUUCCAGGUGAUGGACUAUGGUCGCGCCAUGGAACGGAUGGCCAUCUUGGAUCAGGGCAUAGUGGAGGCGAUUGCGCCAAGCGAAAACGUCAGCGAGCAGAUCGAGAAGAAGAGGACUGCCAUCAACAAGAAGCGCGUUGCAAUUGAGAAAAAGAAGGCUGAUCUGGCCGAGGAGUUGGUGAACUUGGCUCGGGUGUCGCAUUGGAAGAUUGCCAGUCGCGCUGCAACAAUUGUGAUCACUAUGGGUCUUCGGUUCGAUUACGUUGCCAGUGCGAACCUGAUCGAGCUGGUGACUCUGGGGUCCAUUGAUGACCACCCGGGCCUGCGUGGCAUGUACUCCCAGGCUCUGAUUGCCCUAUUUACGAUGAUCGAUGUCCGCGCCAUCUGCACUCACGAGUACAAGAACUACAUCCUCGGUCACCAGCGGUUCCCAUCCAAGAUCAAGGUGGCUACCAAGGCGUUUGAGAAGGGGUGGACUCAAGAGUACCUGGCCAGCUUUGCUAAACCCGAAGCCGAGUACUACAUCGACCACGAUUUCCCCGGCUGGCUCGUGUGGGGUAAGACAAUGCCUGCCUACAAGUCCAACGUGGAACGCGACAUCGAGUAUGAUGAUGUGGAGUGGAAUGUGCGCGUCCAGAUGGGCAAACUGUUCACCCGGGAAUGGUUCUCCAAGUUCUUCAUGUAUCUGAAGCAAGAGCCGCGUGAUCCCUCCGCUGAUAAGUUCCGAAUGUCUUGCGCCAUGAUGCUUCUCUACGCUUUUGAGCUUAUGCUGCGGGAUGGACUCACGGCCGCUUCUUUCAAGGACAUUAAGGAAGAAAUCGAAAGCGUCUAUGAAGAUGGAAGCGACAAACACCAACAUCGCGCAACAUCCGAGAUUUUGGGUGCCUUGAUCAGCUCUGUGACAGACACGAACGUGGAGAAGCGGACCCUGGUGUGGGAGUAUGCGUUCCCCAUUGUCAGGAAGGUCUUCAGCGAUGGUCUCACUCCUGAAAACUCCGGCUACUGGACAACUUUCCUCCACAUGAUCUUGCAGUGCCGCGAUCCGCGACGUGCCUGGCCCUUGGUGGACUGGCUGGCCAGCUUCCGCCUGGAUAUGACGACCAACGCAGCUUUCAAGGAGAGCUCGAAGAUCAACCUGCUUCAUCAGUGCAUCAUCGAUGCUGGGUGGCAUUUCCAACUGGAGAAGCCGAUUGUGGAUGACUUCCUGGCGCAUCUGGAUCACCCCUACAAGGGAGUGCGGGAGGCGAUGGGUCAGACGCUGGCGACUAUCUACCGCACUAGAUAUCACGAGUCGUACCCUGACUUGCAGCAUCUCAUCGAUGCUCAGAAGUCGUCUUCGUCGGUCGGCAUGUUCCCUUAUUCUCCGUCUAGUGAGUUCUCGCAGAUGGUGCGUGGUGUCUUCGAUCGGAUCGAGAAGUGGCGGCAGUUGCGGACCCCUGGUCUCCAAACACCGUCCUCCUACACUUCUGGCAGCAAAACCGUUCUUCUCUGGCUAGAUUCAACUCUAUCCUCUCACGAGUGCUCGCAGCUCGUACCGUUCUUCUCCGAGGUCUUCACUGCGCAACUCCUACAUAUGAUGGACGUGAAAGAAGACCCGGAGCUUCAAUCCCUCGCAUACCACGUCUUCCGCCACCUACCCAAUAUCCCCUACCCCGCCGAAAAGGAAUCCCAAUUUAUCCAAACCCUCAUCCACAUCGGCCAGACCUCUCCGUCGUGGCACCAGCGUCUGCGCGUCAUGAUCAACAUCCAAAUCAUCUACUUCCGCCGGCUCUUCCUCCUGGACUCCGGUGACCGCGACAAGCUCUUCGAAUGCAUCGCCUCCAUGCUCGAGGAUCCCCAGCACGAAGUCCGCGCCGGCGCCUCGGCCACCCUUUCCGGCAUGGUCCGCUGCUCACCCGUCUUCCUGCGCGACACCAACGUCCGCCGCUUCCAGAGCCGCUUCACAAAGGUGCUGGCCGAUAAUCCUCUCCCAAAGAAACCCAAGAACUUCCGCUCCGGUAUUUCGUCUGCUGCAUCGUCCGGCACCGGCACCCCGACGCCAGAGCACAAUCGUCUGAUUAUUGCUCGCCACGGCGCGGUGCUCGGCCUGGGCGCUUUGAUCCAAGCGUUUCCCUAUAACAGCCCGCCGCCACAGUGGAUGCCCGAGGCUCUGACAACGCUGAGUAUUCGCGCGGCGAAUGAUCCCGGUAUUGUGGGGUCCAGUGUCAAGUCGAUUAUCAGUGAGUUCAAGAAGACGAGACAGGAUACUUGGCACAUUGAUUGCAAGGCAUUCACGUCUGAUCAACUGGAAGAUCUCUCGGGUGUUCUCUGGAAGAGCUACUUUGCUUAG